AUGGCAAAUCCAGCAGCUGGACAGCGCCGGGGUGGAGACGAGGGAAACGAGAAGGAGGCGCAGAGCGAACGCGCGUGCGCGGAACAGACGGAAACUGCAGAGCCCCGCGGUGAGUGCUCUCGGCUGGGGAGUGAAGAAACGUGUGACCAGUUCCCUCGUGGAGAAGCGUCGUCUCCUCCCUCCCCUUCCUCCGCAACUUGGAUCCCAGGCGCUGACGCGUAUCUCCUCGACGACGAAGCCAAGCAUCUCCGGCAGCGGGAACUGAACAAAGUUUUCAAGAAGAAACUCUCCGAGUACCACGCCACACGGGCGCGUCGCGGACCUGUGGGCCAGAGGGACGGCGAGGCAUCGGAUUCGGGUUCCUCGCCGACGGAGAAGAAUGGAGACUCUCACGCCGGCGAGGAUCCCGGCAGCGACGGCCGCGCGACUUCGUCCGCGGGCGCUGAGGACUCCGAGAAGAGAGCACGGCUGCACGUCCGGGAGCGGCUCGUCGCGUCUCACGCUCUGAAGGAAGAUUUUCUCGCCUUCGAAGAGACGAAGAAAACCGUGCCGAGACCGGAGCAAAAGAAGACAGCGGCGGAGGUGGCUACGGACCCGCCGUGGUUUCGCCCGCCUGCUGGAUGUGCCACGGUCGGAGACCCUGCGGGGCCGCGGGAGAGGGACGGAGACGGCAGGCCUCGAGAGACGCAAGAGACUCGCGGGCGAGACGAAAGCCGCCGAACUUCCCGCUCGAGAAGCGAACGUUCCGUCCCCCCGUCCUUCCACGUUUCUCUUCACAAGGAAAUCUGCGGUCUCCUCACCUUCAUCCAACCGACGGCGGUCGAAGAAUACAAAACGCUGAAGGCUAUCGCCCGCCUUCAGUUUGCCGCCGCCCUCUCCUUCCCCGGUUGCUCGUGCAAAUGCUUUGGAAGCUUCGCGACGAACAUGAUGCUGCCUGGCGGCGACGUCGACGUCUGCAUAUUGAUUCCCUCGACUUCUUCUCUUCCUUCUGCUUCCACUUCUUCUUCGGACCCUUCUUCGUCUGCGGCUGUUCCUGCCUCCCGCGGGUGCGAGGACGAGCCUCGCGCCGCGUCUGCAACUCGGAAGAGGAGACGCGACGAAGGCAAAGGGGCGUUCCUCGCAUCUCUGCCGCCCGAGGCGGCUCGGCACCACACCGAAAGCGUGGCGCAACUUACGCUGCUCUCCUCCACGCUUCUCCAUCUGAAAGUCGCGCAGGCUCUCGAGCUCGUCGCCACUGCCCGGGUGCCGAUUAUCAAGUACAUCGACGCUGAGACAGGCGUCCCCGUCGACGUCACCGUCAACCAGCCUAGCAGCCUGGAAACCACUGCAUUCGCGAGGGAAAUGCUCAUCAAGUUCCCUCUUCUCCGUCCGCUCUUGCUCCUCAUCAAGCUCUUCCUUAAACUGCGAAAUUUGUCGGAGACGUACCGGGGCGGCGCAGGGAGUUAUUUGUUGUUUACGAUGGGCCUUCUCUUUUUCAAGUCCUGGUCGCCAGCUCAUGAUCCGACGCUGCAGCGUGGCGUGCUUUUCUCUCACCUUCUCCUGGAUUUCCUGCAUUUCUGGGGCAAGCACUGGAACUACCGCGAUUGGGGCGGGUGCGUUCGAGGUCUGGGUCACACAUUUCUGAAGAACGUCCGACCCGAACUGUGGGGCGAGAGACGCGAGCUCUUGUGCAUGGAGAGCCCGACGACACCCGAUAUUGACUUGGGCAAGAACGCGUUCAAUAUUUCCAACGUUCGAGCGGCCUUCCAUCAAGCGUUUGCGGAUCUCAUGGCGCUCGAGGUGGCGUGGGCAGAAGCUGAGGCACAAUGGAGGGCUGCGGCGGUGCCGCGAGGCUGUCGCCCAGACGCGCCUCUUCCUCGCCUCUUUGCGGAAAGCCUCCUGGCGCAUUUGUUCGAUCCUUCGCAUCCGAUCUUUUCACUUCGUGAGCCUCGGCCAGUCAAAACCCGAGAGGAGACUCUGCGCAGCCUCCUCGGCCUGGGAUGUCGCGAAAUAGACGCGAAGAGCUUAGAAACGUCAAGGAGAGAACCUCGUGGAGACGCGAGAAGGGACGGGGACAGUCGGGAGAGAACCGAGGGAGAGAAAGAGCGAGAAGAGAGCAAAGAGAACGCGCAGACGUGGGCAGAGGCGGACCUUCCUCUGGAACUGAUGGAAGAAGUCGCUGCCACGUUUCUCCUGGCGUCGUGGUCUGAGAACGAGGCGACGCAGGGAAGGCCGAAACCGAAAAGAACACAGGCGAAGGGUGAAGCAGAGAAGAAAGGUGAAGGCAACCAGGAGACGGCAGACGGCGAGGCAGAUGCUGACAAUCAAAGGUCGAGGCUGCCUGGCUCCGUUCUUACAGCGCCGCAAGGCGAAGCGUGGAGAAACGACAACGGUGUCUCCGACGCGGACGUCGACGGGGUCUUUUCUGCCUUUCAGUGGACUGCAGACAGCGAGCUCGUGAAGGAAAAAAUGACAAGGUCGUACGCCGCCUUCCUCGCACGGCUCACGGCGCUCGCCUCGUAA